UCAUCCAGCUGUGCCUCUUGCUAUUGGGUUUGGGUUUGGGCUGGAUUAUUACUUGCUGUGACAAUGAGUUCUGGAGUCAAGCAGGCGUUUACUGUCUCUAGUUCAGCUAAGAGCAGUGGUGGUAGCUGUAUCAGUGGUGGGGGAGGUGGUGGAUCAAGGAUGCCAUUGAUGUUUGGAAGAUGCGUCUCUGGUGGGAUAGGCAGCAGUAAAGGCUUUUCUUCCAGGAGUUACAGUGGUGGAGCAUGUUAUGGAGGAGGGAUAAGCAGCGGUAGUUUUGCUGGUGGGAGCUAUGGAGGAGCUGGGAGCAUAGGAGGAGGCCACCUAGGAAGCAUUGGGUUCAGUGGUGGCAGCACCUGCAUUGGUGGUGGCAUAGGUGGUGGCAUAGGUGGUGGCAUUGGUGGGGGCAUAGUUGGUGGGAGCAUACCUGAUUGUGGCUUUGAUGGAGGCAUAGUUUGUGGGGGUCCAUUUGGUGGAGGCUUUGGGGGUAGUGCAGUUGGUGGAGGCUUUGGGGGUAGUGCAGUUGGUGGAGGCUUUGGGGGUGGUGCAGUUGGUGGAGGUUUUGGGGGUGGUUCAGGUAGUGGAGGCUUUGGGAGUGAUGGCCUACUUUUCUGUUGUGAUGAAAAGAUAACCAUGCAGAACCUUAAUGACCGCCUGGCAUCCUACCUGGACAAGGUGCGAUGCCUGGAGGAAGAGAAUGCUGAACUGGAGUGCAGGAUCCGAGAGUGGUACACCAAGCAUGGCCCCACCUGUGAGCCAAAGGACUACAGCUGCUACCUUAGGGAAAUAGAAGAUCUUCAAAACCAGAUUGUUUGUGCUACCAUAGAAAACAACAAGAUUGUCCUGAACAUUGAUAACAGCAGGAUGGCGGCUGAUGACUUCCGAGUGAAGUAUGAGACUGAGCUGUCCCUUUUGCAGAGUGUGGAGGCUGAUAUUAAUGGUUUACGCCAAGUCCUGGAUCAGCUGACUCUCUGCAGAUCUGACCUGGAGGCACAGCUUGAAGCCCUGAGGGAGGAGCUGUGCUGUCUGAAGAAGAACCAUGAGGAGGAGAUGAAUUGUCUGAGGAAACAGUCAACUGGAGAUGUCAGUGUGGAGGUCAAUACCUGCCCUGGUCCAGAUCUGAAGCAAAUCUUGGAUGAAAUGAGAUGCCAGUAUGAAGCUAUCAUUGCGCAAAACCGCAAAGAGGUUGAGGAUUGGUAUGCGUGUAAGAUUGAGGAGGUGAAUCGGGAAGUCAUCUCAAGCGGCCAGGAAAUAGAGUGUAGCAACAGCCAGGUCUGUGAACUGAGACGUCAGUUACAGGCAUUGGAGAUUGACCUGCAGGCCCAGAUUAGAAUGAGGGACAAUCUGCAGUCCUCUCUGGCUGAAACCGAAUGUCGCUACAACAACCAACUUGCCGAGUUACAGAACCAGAUCAUCUGUGUGGAGCAGCAGUUGGCUGAGCUGCGGGCAGAAAUUGAAUGUCAGAACCAAGAGUACAAGGCCCUCCUGGAUGUCAAAUGCCGGCUGGAGCAGGAGAUUCACACUUACUGCUGCUUAUUGGAAGGAGGACACCGGGAGUUUAGCUCAAAAGGAGUGAUUUCAUCAGGAGGGAUUUCAUCAGGAGGGAUUUCAUCAGGAAUCAGCCACUCUUCUGGUAUAGGAGGAGGAGGAAUCUGUAAAUCCUCAGGUGGAAUAAUUGGAGGAGGAGGAAUUGUGAAAACUAUCCACACCCACUCUUCCUCUUCCCAUUGCCUGCCCUCGCCUUGCCCACCUGGUGAUAUAAAAGUGCCCUGCAGAAGGCUGCAUGACUAAACCAAGAAACCAACCUUUUCCAAGAUAAGACCUACAGAGCAGAUCUGCAAACCAAGCAAGAACCUACCCACAACCUGCACUCCAUGCCCAAGCCAAGAGCAAUGCUACCAACUACUCAGCAAUGCUGAUGCCAUCUACCCACAGGGGGGCUGUCAGAGCUGUGGGUCACCCUCCUCCCUAUUGUGCUACAUGCUUUUUCUAUUCUGUCUUGCUCUGUGUGCCCAAUCACAACUUACUUGAGUUAAUUUGUGCUGAGGUUGGUCAUUUACUUUCUGGUGAAAAAGUACCGCUAAUAAAACUUUGCUUCUGCCUGAUGCAAUCAAGAAA